UCUGAAACUGAACGCACGCAAUUCUGCUAACUCGUUUAAGAAGGCAGUUACUGUGAUAAUGCAUCUGGCCUCAUUGUGAAAAAAAUUCACGAGACGCCCUUGGGACAAGAUUGGUUGGUCACAUACCUAUUCAGCAGUCAUGUUUUCUUUCACCCCCUUAGCUCCGCGGCACACAAUGACUUCCAAUUCGUCCAGAGGCAGCCCAGGCAAUCGUGAAUCUGUAUAUAGUACCUAACAUAAUCAUAUCAUGAAUAUCUUCAUCCUUCACACAUCAUCGAAUCAUGUUCUCAUCCACAAGACUAUGGUUCCGGCAACUACACGCCCUGAUAAGGAAAAUCUUCCUGAUUACACUCGUCAGGCACUGGCUCUCAACACUCCUCCGAGCUCUCCUCAUCCCCGUCCUGAUUCUCGUUCUAGUCCUUCAAAUCCAGAACUUCACAGGCGAUGGAAGCAGGUAUGGCGUUGGAGAGCCAUCUCCCAUCCCAAGCCUUGCUGAGACUCUACCACCCGGGGAAAAACUUGUUUUUGUACAGGGCUCGAACGCGGGAUCUGAUGUUGCUGGGGUUAUUGACAAGAUUAGAAGUGGUCUGAAGGGGAGUGUUGAAGUUGCUGAAACUGAAGCCGAUUUACGAAAGCGAUGCCCGACGAGUCUGAGCGGUGUAACAAACUGUUACGCUGCCAUUAUCUUCAACGAUUCGCCGUUGACCAAGGCAGGGAAUAAGACGUGGAGUUACACCAUCAGGGUUAGUUCAGCACGAGCAUCAACCAAAUUUGACAUCACUACGCCUUCGAAGAACCACUACGCACCGCUACAACUCGCCGUCGAGAAUGCCAUCACAAACACUACCACGACCCCGAAUAACUACAUGUUUACACGGAUAACACAAGAUGAAGCUGCCGAGUUGAAGCGUCGUAACUUUGCGGCGACCAUCGUUGGUGGUUUCGGAAUCGUGUGUUUUCUGAGUAUGAUUUCGUCGGUGUUUCAUAUUAUUGGCAUGAUAUCGACUGAGAGGGAGGCGGGGAUGGCACAGUUGAUUGAUGUGAUGACAGGUGGUGCUGCGUCGGCGAGGGUGUUGAGUUAUCUUAUUGCUUUUGAUAUCAUCUACUUGCCGAGUUGGAUCAUCUUCGGCGCCUUGUACGCAUCCCUUCUCGUCCCGACCUCGAACGCUGGCAUAAUUAUCCUCUGGCAGAUCCUCUCCGGCCUAUCCCUCACAAGCAUGAGUGUCUUCGCAGCCACCAUCAACAUCCGAUACACCGCCAUCUCCAUGGUCAUCGUCCUAAUGCUCCUCGCCACCCUCUGCGAAAUCCUCGACUCGAAACCCGAAAACGUUCCUGCGCUUAUCGUUUUAAUCCUAUCUGCCAUCUUCCCGAGCUCGAGCUACAUCUUCUUCCUGAACCAACUCUGCCGAAACGAAGCGCAAGGUCUCGCAACAAAUAUCUCGAAACCAGCUCCCCAUGAGCCUCGAAUCUAUGAAGUCACAGUAUCCAUGCUUUGGGGGCUGUUACUUCUCACCAUAGUCUUCUAUCCCUUGCUAGCUAUACUUAUUGAGAAGUGCUCUCAUGGGGUUAGCAACAAGGGCAGAAAGUUCACAAGCACCAACGGAACGACCGAGUCUUCAACAGCCCUUGAGAUUGUCGACCUCACGAAAACUUACAACCCUUCCCUCUGGAGACGGUGCUGCCGAAGAGCUCGUCCAACGAUAGCUGUUAACUCACUCAGCUUUUCCAUGCAGAGGAAGCAAGUCUUAUGUCUCCUCGGCAUCAAUGGAUCUGGCAAGACAACCACACUGGGUUUGAUCGCUGGUACACAAAAGCUCACAAGUGGCUCGAUAAAUGUCAAUGCCCCUCGUUCGAACCUCGGUAUCUGCCCUCAACGCAACAUCCACUGGCCCGAGCUCUCAGUCCUCGAACACGGCAGACUAUGGGCCAUGAUGAAAGGCGGAGCAACAGACCCUCAGUCCCUAGACACUCUCGUCGAAUCCUGCGAUCUAUCCCUAAAGAAGCACAGUCCUGUCGGUACACUGAGCGGAGGUCAGAUGAGAAAGGUCCAGAUGCUAUGUAUGUUAGCAGGCGGCAGUUCAAUCUGUCUCAUGGACGAAGUAACCACCGGCAUGGACCCUGUCUCUCGAAGAGCAAUGUGGAACAUCAUCCUCGCCGAACGUCAAAAACGAAGCCUCAUCCUUACGACCCAUUUCCUUGACGAAUGCGAAGUUUUAGCCGAUAAAGUUGUCAUCGUAUCACACGGCCACGUCAAGUGUCAGGGUUCAACAGCAGCAUUAAAGAAUCUCCACGGAGGAGGUUAUCGCGUCCAUUUACCCGGAGUUCAGAAUCCACCAGAAACACCAUAUGCUACGACUGUACAUCAAGGGCAGACUGUUUUCAAUGCUCCCGAUUCGACAUCUGCUGCACAGCUUUUGACGUCUCUACAAGCAGCGGGAUACUCUGAUACGUCAUUGAAUGGACCUACUAUGGAAGAUGUCUUCCUCAAGGUCGCAGAUGAAGGUGAUGACGAUGAGGUUGGAACUUCUGACCGGAGUCCUUUUCUUGAAGGUAACGAAGCACCAGACAGUCAACUUAGUUCAGGAACCCAGGCCUCAUUCUUCCAACAACUCUCAGCUCUCCUGUUCAAGCGCCUUCUCGUUCUUAAGAGAGGAUUCUGGUGGUACAUCCUCGCUCUCGCAAUCCCACUAAUCUUCACACCGGUCUUCAGCGCCAUGGCCAACGAUCCCACUCCCUUCCAACCGACACCCUGUGUAUCAACCGACUCAUCCAUCCUCGACGAACCAUGGCCCAUUGCUCUUCGUCCAGAUAGCUACUAUGACCUCGCAGGUUCCGAUAAUAUCUCCAUGCUCGUUGGUCCAAGCUCUCUCAACAAGACUCUCUUUCGCUCGUUGUCAAAGUUUCCUGUUGGGAAGGAAUAUGACAUGAAGGCCUACCAAGAUCAGUUCAAGUUUCAAGAUGACUAUGAUGCUUUCUUGAAACAAGUUCGUGAUAAGCCGAGACAGCUUGUACCCGGAGCGCUGUACAUGAAUGGGAAGGAUAAAGAUACGCUUGCGUACAACGCUGAGCAUGGGCCUGAUGGAUCGAUGUUGAUGUUGAAUAUGUGGAGUCAGCUGAAGAUUGAAACUCCAAUUUCACUUUCUUUUGCAUACUUCAGCUCUUCAAUACCAUCUGACCCUGGCCCUGGCAUGUUUCUCGCUAUCCUACUCACCGUCUUGCAUGUCCUCUACCCAGCCUUCUUCGCUCUAUACCCCGCGUACGAACGACUUCGAAAGAUUCGAACCCUACAAUACUCCAACUCGAUCAAACCUCUUGCACUAUGGACAUCUCACAUCAUCGUCGACAUAGUCUUUGUCAUUAUUAUAUCUUGUCUCUCUACUUUAUUUAUCUCUUUAAUCAUUCUCAAGUGGUAUGGAGCCUGGCAUCUCUUCCCUGUCAUGCUUCUAUAUGGCUUUGCGAUGAUGCUCUGGUGUUACAUCAUUUCUCUUUUUGCUCGAUCAGAACUCUCUUCCUUCGGUAUAUCCUUUUGCAUCUCGCUUUUGAUGUUUGGUAUCUCCGUCGCAGGACUUAUGAUUGCCUCUGUCAACCAAAGCCCAGGCAAUAGGUCUUCCUCCAUGGACACAGCGGUUUUUAUCCUUGGCCUCAUCUUCCCAGUCGCCAACCUCUUCCGCGCCAUGGUCGUCGGCCUCAACGUCUGGGCCGCGGGAUGUCGCGGUGAUGCAGUGAUAAGUUAUCCAGGCAACAUCCACGGCUACGGCGGCCCGAUUCUUCUCCUCUGUGUUCAGGUGGCGUAUCUAUAUGCUAUUCUAUUGUUACUUGACGGAAGAACAUGGACUCUUCGGAGUUUGUGGGCAGAGCAUAUCGUGCCGCUGUAUGGACGGAAGAGGAUCGACGGGAAAGAUGCUCAUAUUGAGAUGGCGCCGGUGACAAAGUCUCGCGGCAUGAGCGGGAACUUGGUCGACGUUGAUCAGAUUCAUAAGUCUUUUGGUGGUAAUGUUGCUGUUGAUGGUGUCUCUCUCACGAUGGCAAAGGGAGAGCUACUUGCACUUCUAGGACCCAACGGCGCUGGUAAGACGACUACCAUCAACAUGAUGCGAGGCGAGGUUCGCCCAGACUACGGCAACAUCUACAUCAAAGGCGUGGAUAUGCAGAAGGAUACCCGAGCUGGGCGACAGAGCAUCGGCUGUAAGCAUCGACAUUUACUGGACCCUUUCACCUACUGAUGACGUUAUAGAUUGCCCACAGUUUGACGCAUUGGAUCAAAUCACCGUGCGCCAACAGCUUGCUUUCUACGCUCGCGUGAAGGGUAUCGCAGAUGUACAGAGGAACGUCAACCUGGUCAUGUCAAAGGUUGGACUGAGACCUCACGCCGAUAAGCUGACAUCUCGGUUAUCUGGCGGAAACAAGAGGAAGCUGAGCUUGGCUAUCGCGCUGCUAGGCAACCCACCGAUUCUCAUCCUGGACGAACCAAGUUCAGCGAUGGAUCCUAUAGCCAAGCGCGACAUGUGGGCUAUGCUCUCAUCCAUCUCCUCAAGUCGCUCGGUUCUUUUGACGACACAUUCGAUGGAAGAAGCAGAUAUGUUAGCAACCCGGGUCGCUAUCCUCUCCAAACGCAUCCUCGCCGCUGGCACAAUCCAAGAGCUUCGCAACAGGCACAGCAACUCCUACGAAGUACACUUGGUACUAGAAUCAGCACCAUCCUCUGACCAGCUGGAAAUGCAAAAGGUGGAAGCAUGGAUUUGCCAAACAUUCCCAGGCGCCAACUUUAGAGGGCUGAGCCUAGGUGGACAGUUUCGCUUCAGUACUCCGGCGAAUAGCACUGCCGAUGAAGCUUUUGCUGCGUCACAGAAUAGAAAGGGUCAGGUUGUCGAGGUGAUUGAGACUUUGGAGCAGCAUAAGAGGAGUAUGGGCGUGGCGCAUUAUACUGUAAGUGUGGGGACUUUGGAGAUGAUAUUCUUGAAGAUUAUUGAGGAGUAUAUUUUGUAUUAGUUUUUUAAUCAUAGACAUUUAGCGUAUCUUUCAAAAAGAAUUCCAUUUAAGCAUUCAUUACGUCGCGA